AUGGCAUCAAAACAUUUUGUCAAUGAUCCCACUCUCUUAGUGAAUUCUGCUCUCCAUGCCCUCACUCUCACCAAUCCAUCCGUGGCCCUCGACGAGGAGAACAAAAUCAUCUACAGAAGACCUGGCCAUGCUUCUCAAGUAUCUAUAAUAUCAGGUGGAGGAAGUGGACAUGAACCUAGUUUCGGAGCAUUCGUUGGUGAAGGAUUACUGGCAGCAUCUGUUGCAGGUAGUAUAUUUGCUUCACCUAGUGCCGAGCAAAUUCGCAGAUGUGUAAUGUCAAGAGUUGAUGCCGAGAAGGGAAUCUUGGUGACGGUCAUGAAUUAUACAGGAGAUGUGUUGAAUUUUGGUAUGGCAGUAGAGAAAGCAAAGGCUGCGGGGUUAAAGGUCGAGAUGUUAGUGGUUGGAGAUGAUGUUGGAGUUGGUCGUGCGAAGGCUGGAAAGGUUGGCAGAAGAGGUAUUGCUGGCACAGUAUUGGUACAUAAGAUCACAGGAGCAUUGGCAGCCACUGGUGCUAGUCUGGAGAAUGUUUACAAGGUUGGAAAAUUAACAGCAGAUAAUAUUGCCAGUGUGGGAGCUUCCCUUGACCAUGUUCAUGUUCCAGGUCGAGCACCUCCAAAUCCAAACUCCGAGGAGAGUCUCGCUUUUGAAGAAGUUGAAAUUGGAAUGGGAAUUCAUAAUGAGCCUGGUAGUGGUAGAGCCAAGGUCGAUCUACCAGAACUUGUCAAGAGAAUGCUUACGCAAUUAUUGGAUUCGAAAGACAAGGACCGAGCAUUCUUGAAUGUCAACUCGAAUGAAGUCGUACUUUUAGUCAACAAUCUUGGCGGUGUUAGCGUUCUGGAGUUGGGUGGUAUUACAGCAGAAGUUACUAGUCAGCUUGAAAAGUCCUAUAACAUCAAGCCGGUCAGAAUCCUUGCUGGAACUUAUAUGACAAGUUUGAAUGGUCUUGGAUUUAGUAUAUCACUUCUUAAUGUUGUCAAUACCAAUAUUGGCGGACCUAGUAUGUUACAGUUAUUGGAUGCAUCGACUGAGGCAACUGGAUGGGCGGCCCCUAUCAGAAAGGAAACAUGGGAGGCUAAAUCUACAGCAACAAGAACAGGCUCCGCCGGUGCUGAAGAAGUGGUUAAACCUAGCGGUUUGAAAUUGGACCCGGCAACAACAAAGACGGCUUUAACAGCUGGACUUCAGAGGAUGAUUGCCGCUGAGCCUGAUGUCACUCGAUUUGAUACGGUUGUUGGGGAUGGAGAUUGCGGCAUUGGCCUCAAGAGAGGAGCUGAAGCUGUGCUCUCAACGAUCUCGAAAGAGAACUUAUCCGGUGACGCUGUUGUCGACCUUGCAAAGAUCGUUCAAGUAGUCGAAAACAGCAUGGAUGGUACAUCUGGAGCUCUUUAUGCUAUUUUCCUUAAUUCCCUUUUAGCUGCUCUUCGCGAGAAUGCUUUUACCGGGCAAGCAACGCCAGAAUUUUGGGCAAAGGCAUUGCAGUCCGCUUCUGAAGCCCUUUCAAAGUACACACCAGCCAAGCCCGGAGACCGCACUGUAGUAGACGCCUUACAUCCAUUCGUUGAGACCUUAAUCAAGACAGGUGAUAUCAAGAAAGCAGCUGAAGCAUCCAGGAAAGGUGCUGAGGGCACAAAAGGAAUGAAGGCUAGUUUAGGAAGAACAGUGUAUAUUGGCGGUACUGGUUUCGAACAGGUUCCGGAUCCUGGAGCUUGGGGAUUGAGUGAGUUCUUCUUGGGGCUUGCUGGGCUUGGAGAUUCGGAUUAUGAAUUGGUAUGA